AUGUCUCACUCGCUCACUUCAGUUUUCCAAAAGAUCGACGCCUUGAAGCCUCAAUUCUUCAGCAGGUUGACCAAGGCUAUUCAAAUCCCCGCUGUUUCCUCUGACGAAUCACUAAGGCCUAAGGUUUUUGACAAGGCUAAAUUUAUCUCCGAGCAAUUGUCCCAAUCGGGGUUUCAUGACAUUAAGAUGGUGGACUUGGGCGUUCAGCCUCCACCAAUCUCUACACCUAACUUGUCUCUGCCACCUGUGAUCUUAUCUAGGUUUGGUAGCGACCCUUCAAAAAAGACCGUCUUGGUAUAUGGCCAUUAUGACGUUCAGCCUGCCCAAUUGGAGGACGGUUGGGAUACCGAGCCUUUCAAGCUGAUCAUUGAUGAGGCUAAAGGUAUUAUGAAGGGUAGAGGCGUCACUGACGACACGGGUCCGCUGCUGUCUUGGAUUAACGUUGUGGACGCAUUCAAGGCAUCCGGGCAGGAAUUUCCUGUUAACUUGGUCACAUGUUUCGAGGGUAUGGAAGAAAGUGGUUCUUUAAAGUUAGAUAAACUGAUCGAAAAAGAGGCCAACGGUUACUUCAAAAAUGUGGACGCUGUUUGCAUUUCUGAUAAUUAUUGGUUAGGCACUAAAAAGCCUGUUUUGACUUACGGUCUAAGAGGUUGCAACUACUACCAAACUAUUGUCGACGGUCCAGGUGCUGAUUUACACUCUGGUAUUUUCGGUGGUGUUGUUGCUGAACCAAUGAUCGAUCUGAUGCAGGUUCUGGGUUCUCUUGUAGACUCCAGGGGCAAAAUUUUGGUUGAUGGUAUCGACGAAAUGGUUGCUCCCUUAACCGAGAAGGAGAAGGCCCUGUACAAGGAUAUCGAAUUCAGUGUAGAAGAAUUGAACGCCGCAACUGGUUCCGAAACAAGUUUGUACGAGAAGAAGGAAGAUAUUUUGAUGCAUAGAUGGAGGUACCCUUCAUUGUCGAUCCAUGGUGUGGAAGGUGCCUUUUCCGCCCAAGGUGCAAAGACAGUUAUUCCAGCCAAAGUCUACGGUAAGUUUUCCAUCAGAACAGUUCCCGACAUGGACUCUGAGAAAUUGACCUCUUUGGUUCAAAAGCAUUGUGAUGCCAAAUUCAAGUCGUUGAAUUCUCCAAACAAGUGUAAGACCGAAUUGAUUCAUGACGGUGCUUAUUGGGUUUCUGAUCCAUGCAAUGCUCAAUUUACUGCAGCCAAAAAGGCCACCAAAUUAGUCUAUGGUGUUGAUCCUGAUUUCACCAGAGAAGGUGGUUCGAUUCCAAUCACUUUGACGUUUCAAGACGCUUUGAAAACUAGUGUUUUAUUGUUGCCAAUGGGGAGAGGUGAUGAUGGUGCCCACUCAAUCAAUGAAAAAUUGGAUAUUUCCAAUUUUGUUGGUGGUAUGAAGACCAUGGCUGCUUAUUUGCAAUACUACGCUGAAUCACCAGAAAACUAA